AUGACCAGUUGUGGCCAGCCAUCCCUGAACGUGCUCACCGUCCUCUUCUCGUUGCUGUUUUCUGCAGUCUCGUCCGCACAUUUCCGGGUCUGUGAGCCGUACACGGACCACAAAGGCCGCUACCACUUUGGCUUCCACUGCCCUCGGCUCUCGGACAACAAAACCUUCAUCCUCUGUUGUCACCAUAACAACACGGUCUUCAAAUACUGCUGCAACGAGACGGAGUUCCAGGCGGUGAUGCAGGCGAACCUCACCGCCAGCUCCGAGGGCUACGUGCACAACAAUUACACCGCCUUGUUGGGAGUGUGGAUCUACGGCUUCUUCGUGCUGAUGCUGCUGGUUCUGGAUCUUUUGUAUUACUCGGCGAUGAACUACGACAUUUGCAAGGUUUACCUGGCACGGUGGGGGAUCCACGGACGAUGGAUGAAACAGGACCCGCGGCGAUGGGGGAACCCUGCUCGGGGCCCUCGGCCGGGGCAGCCGGCCCCGCAGCCGCAGCCGCCCCCAGGCACUCUGCCGCAAGCCCCCCAGGCUGUGCACACGCUGCAGGGAGACACCCACAGCACACCGCUGGUGACCUUCCAGAGCACGUCCGCCUGAAAACCCUUUUGCUGUGCCUCAGGAUGGGGGAGGUGAGAUCCGAAGCACCCGGCACAGCCUCCAAGAAGAACAACUUCUGCAGAGAUGCCAGGGAGAGCUGAGGCAGCGGUGGCAGUGGCAGAGGAGGAAAGGAUGCCUGUGCCCAAAAUCCCCUUCCAUGGACUUCUGAGAUUAGGAGCAAACUCAGGGGUAGGGACUGGGGGUACAGGGGAAGGGAUUCUGAGCCACCCGUCCACAAGCAAUAGUCCUAUUUUGGGCUGGUGGCUUCUGAGAGGUGACUCAUUGUAAACUUAGGAUGACCAACACAAAGCUGCUCUGGCUGAUCUGAGCCAGGAAGAUCUAGGCCUGUGAGUCAUAACUGUGGUUUAAAACCCGAAGCUUCCCUUCUCUCCGCCCCACCAAUAGUGGCCCCUCGGGCCUAUCCAUAUCAGAAUAUUGAAUGUGCGUGUGUGUGCACACAUGUGUGUGUGUGAUUUCGGGUGUUCUUCUUGUUCGUUUGGUUUUUAUUGGGGUCCCCCCGAGUUCUCUGAUGAACACAGGUCACCAUGUGUCUGGGGGUUCUUGCCAGGGUCGGUGUCCAGGGCUCGAGCUUCUUGCCGCAGUCAGCAGCUGUG